CAUCCUGCGGGCGAGAUGCCGCUGUCACACAUCAUGAGCCAGGAUCUGGAGAAAAUUGCCGUGGAUUACUUCGUGCCUUGCCUGCAUGAGGUGGGCUUCUGCUACCUGGACAACUUCCUGGGCGAGGUGGUGGGCAACUGCGUGCUGGAGUGCGUGAAGCAGCUGCACCGUGAAAGGACCCUGCUGGACGGCCAGCUGGCAGGGCCGCACGCCAGCGUCUCCAAGCGGCACCUGCGCGGCGACUGGAUCACGUGGAUCGGGGGCAAGGAGAAGGGCUGCGAGGCCAUCAGCUUCCUCCUGUCCCUCAUCGACAGGCUGGUCCUGUACUGCGGAAGCCGCCUGAGCAACUACUACGUCAUAGAGAAGUCCAAGGCGAUGGUGGCCUGCUAUCCAGGAAAUGGAGCAGGUGAUGGCCGCUGUGUCACCUGCAUCUACUACCUGAACAAGAACUGGGAUGCCAAGCUACAUGGUGGGAUCCUGAGGAUAUUUCCAGAAGGGAAAUCGUUCGUAGCAGAUGUGGAGCCCAUUUUCGAUAGACUGCUGUUCUUCUGGUCGGAUCGCAGGAAUCCACAUGAGGUGCAGCCUUCCUACGCCACCAGAUACGCCAUGACUGUUUGGUACUUUGAUGCUGAAGAAAGGGCAGAAGCCAAAAAGAAAUUCGGGAAUUUAGGAAGAGCGAGACUGAGCUCACUGAAGACUGAACAUGCUGUGAAAUCAGCUGGCCUCGUUCACUUUAGUUACAGUUCGCGAAUUUUCUUUCUUUAAGCGUUGACACCCAAAGAUGACAAGAAAGUCCCCUUAAGUGCUUGUCUCCCUCGUGUCCCUGUCUUGCGUGUGGUACUUGGUGUUCUCUUGCCAACACUGUGUUGACCUGCAGAUACUGUUUCUGCCAGACGAACUCACUUGCUACUCCAGAAAGACCUGCACACGUCCUCGUUGGCCAGUGGGUUAGCUGAUAGAUUUGGUAAAACUGGUUAUUGAAACAAGAGCCUGGGAGCACAGGGAUGAAUCUUACUUGCACUUUAUAUAUACUUCCUGAUUUGGAGGAGGUUUGAAAACAAACAAACAAACAAAAACAAAAACAAAAAAACAAAACCAGAGCAUGGGGACAGAUAGCGCAGAGAGGCGUUAUUAAAGCCUUAACAGUGGGAAACCAAUCUAGGUCAUCUGAACAAUUUCCAGAUGUUCUUAUUUCAGGGCUGCUGGGGUUUCAGGAGUAUCAUCACGAUCUAAUGGCAUUAUUACCUCUAGAAAGGGCUGCUGUCAUUGUGAUCAACUUAUAACUGUCCCAAGGGCUGGACACUCCUUUUUUCUUUCUAGUCCUGCAACCUGGCCUUUCUGCCUCUGUCCCAUUUUUUUUUUUUCUGAAAAUAAUGAUCACUGAGGACAGC